AAAACUUCCAAAUCUUGAGAAACUGAUGCUCAAAGACUGAAAGAGUUUGUUCGAGGUGCACCCGUCUAUUGGCCAUCUUGAAAGACUUGUUUUGGUAAAUUUGAAAGAUUGCAAAAUGCUCUAGGAUCUUCCAAGGAGUUUCUAUGAGUUGAAAUCUAUUGAAACUCUUGAUCUUUCUGGGUGUUCAAAAUUUGCAAACUUGGAUGAUGAUUUAGAGAAGAUGGUAUCAUUGACAACUCUUCUUGCGGACAACACAGCCAUAAGAAAAGUACCUUCUACAAUAUUACGACUGACGAACCUGAAAUGUUUAUCUCUGUGUGGCUUGAAAGCAUCACCAUCUAACUCAUUGCCCUCUCUUUUCUGGUCUUGGGUAUUGCCUAGGAAAAUUACUAAACCAACUAAUCUAUUGCCCCCAUCAUUACGAGGCUUAACCUCUUUACAAAGAUUAUCUCUUGAAGACUGCAAUUUAACUGAUGAUGCAAUUCCUAAGGAUCUUGGGAGUUUAUUUUCUUUACAAGAAUUAAAUCUACAAAGCAAUAGUUUUCGUAGCCUGCCAUCGAGCCUCAAUGGCCUUUCCAAGCUUUGAAGGCUAAUAUUGGAUUAUUGUGCAAACCUUAAUGCAAUCCCAGAGUUACCAAACAAUUUGAAAUCCCUGGAAGCGAGAAACUGCACUUCACUGGAAAGAAUACCAAAUUUAUCAGAAAUCUCGAAUAUGGAUACUUUGAGUCUGACAAACUGCAGCAAACUCAUUGAGAUUCCAGGCUUGGUUAAGUUGUUAAAGUCCUUGAGAUUCAUUCGAAUGGAAGGCUGCAGCAAUAUCACUGAUGCUCUUAAAGAGAACAUCCUACAGGGAUGGACUGUGAGUGGAUUUGGAGGCAUUUUUCUCCCUGGAAGUAAUAUUCCUGAGUGGUUCCCCUAUGUUGAUGAGGGCGCCUCAGUCUUUUUUGAAGUGCCUCAAAAUAUUGGUUGUAAUUUGAAGGAGUUGAUUGUGUGCAUUGUUUAUUCUUCAUGUCUCGACAACAUAAUAUCUCAAGAUCUUACUAGCAUAUCAGUUAUAAAUUAUACCAAGGGCACAAUGCGUACCUCGAGGCCGGUUGCAAUAGAUCUGGUAGCAUCUCUUGAAGAUCAUCUUUGGCAGGGAAAUCUAUCAAACAAUGCGUUCAAUUUGGAGGGCUGUGAUGAAGUUGAGGUUAUCGUAGAUUUUGGACCCCAAUUCAGUGUGAAGAAAACAGGGGUCAGUCUAGUGUGGGACAAAGUUAUCAAUGAUAAGAUGAUACAAUAUCCUUCUGGCUCCAAUGAGGAUGCUAAUGUUCUUGGCGAGGACAAUGCUCAGGCAGACAUUAAGUCAAAGAAGCCAUGGCUCGUCUGA